GGGACCUCACUCAAAUGACAUCAUCAUUACGUAGCAAGAAGUAAACUCGACUGCACAUGAGCACCGAAACAGGCAUGUCGCCUUCCAUUCCGCUGCAUCAAAUAAACACGCAACUUAUGUGAUAAACUGUUACCCUUAGCUACACUACAACCGCAACGACGAGAGUGUGUCUGUUCCUACUUAGUCCUGACAGUGGUCGCAGUGUGAUAAUGUCUGCAAGUACCACAGCAACGUACGUGGAGGAAAAGGACAAUAGUCGUCAACGACUGGAAGCUCUUUGGCUGCAGCCUUAUGUUGUGUUGCGCAGAGCAGACAUCAGUGAAACUAUUCUUGCUAAGCAGCAGGAGCCAGAGUGCACUCGCAUUAAAGAGGAAGAUGUGGCCAAAGAGGUCCACCACUUCAAUGAACAAAUGGAGCAGAAGUUUCUUUGCUCUGUAAAAGAGGAGGAAGAGCCGGAGUGGCCUUGUACUAAAGAGGAGGGAGAAGACUCCUGCAACAUUAAAAAGGAGGAGGAGGAAGAUAUCUGCAAGAUGCUAUUGACUGGUGUUCCUGUGAAGCAUUUAGAUGAGGGUCAACAUGAGGUGAGCAAAGGGGCGGAGCUUCCAAGCUGCAGCUCUUGUCAACAAAUGACCAGAGAAGGGGAUGGAGACCACUGUGGGGGAUCACAAGCAGCUCCACCACCAUCAGAUAGUGGUGACGUGUCGUCACAUGUUCCUGAUGCUGCUGCUGCUGAGGAGUCUCAAAACAAACACAGGCAAUGUUCUGACUGUGGAUUUUUUUUUGCUCAUAGCAGUAGUUUGAAACAACACAUGAGAAUGGACACAAGAAAGAAAAGGUUUUCCUGCUCAGAUUGUGGCCAAAAAUUCUCACGGAGUGAUAAUUUAAAAAUGCACACAAGAAUCCACACUGGUGAGAAACCUUUUUCAUGCUCAGUUUGUGGCCAAAGAUUCUCUAAUAGGGGAAGUUUAAAUAAGCACACAAGAAUCCACACUGGCGAGAAACCUUUUUCAUGCUCAAUUUGUGGCCAAAAAUUCUCUCUGAGUAGAGCUUUAAAAAUCCAUACAAGAACCCACACUGGUGAGAAACCUUUUUCGUGCUCAGUUUGUGGCCAAAACUUCUCUAAGAAGGGAUAUCUAAGACGUCAUACAAGAAUCCACACCGGUGAGAAACCUUUCUCAUGCUCAGUUUGUGGCCAAAUAUUCUCUCAGAGGGGACAUUUAAAUAAGCACACAAGAAUCCACACUGGUGAGAAACCUUUUUCAUGUUCAGUUUGUGGCCAAAAAUUUUCUGACAAGGAAUAUUUGAAAAAACAUACAAGAGUCCACACUGGUGAAAAACCGUUUUCAUGCUCAGUUUGUGGCCAAAGAUUUUCACUGAAGGCACACUUAAAAAGGCACACAAGAAUCCACACUGGUGAGAAACCUUUUUCAUGCUUAGUUUGUGGCCAAUUAUUCUCUGACAAGCAAAUCUUAAAAAGGCACACAAGAAUCCACACUGGUGAGAAACCUUUUUCAUGCUCAGUUUGUGGCCAAAAAUUCUCUGAUAGGGGAAGUUUAAAUAAGCACACAAGAAUCCACACUGGUGAGAAACCUUUUUCAUGCUCAGUUUGUGGCCAAACAUUCUCUCAGAGGGCACAUUUAAAUAAGCACACAAGAAUUCACACUGGUGAGAAACCUUUUUCGUGCUCAGUUUGUGGCCAAAAAUUCACUCACAGGGAAACCUUAAAAAGUCAUACAAGAAUCCACACUGGCGAGAAACCUUUUUCAUGCUUAGUUUGUGGCCAAUUAUUCUCUGACAAGCGAAGCUUAAAAAGGCACACAAGAAUCCACACUGGUGAGAAACCUUUUUCAUGCUCAGUUUGUGGCCAAAAAUUCUCUCAGAGGGGAUCUUUAAAUCAGCACACAAGAAUCCACACUGGCGAGAAACCUUUUUCAUGCUCAGUUUGUGGCCAAUUAUUCUCUGACAAGCGAAGCUUAAAAAGGCACACAAGAAUCCACACUGGUGAGAAACCUUUUUCAUGCUCAGUUUGUGGCCAGAAAUUCUCUAGGAAGGGAAGCUUAAAAAGUCAUACAAGAAUCCACACCAGUGAGAAACCUUUUUCGUGCUCAGUUUGUGGCCAGAAAUUCUCUGAGAAGGAAAGCUUAAAAAGUCAUACAAGAACCCACACUGGUGAGAAACCUUUUUCAUGCUCAGUUUGUGGCCAAAACUUCUCUAAGAAGGGAUAUCUAAGACGUCAUACAAGAAUCCACACUGGCGAGAAACAUUUUUCAUGCUCAGUUUGUGGCCAAAAAUUCUCUGACAAGGAAACCUUAAAAAGUCUUACAAGAAGAAUCCACCCUGGCGAGAACCCUGUUUCCUGCUCAGUCAGUUGCCAAAGAGUCUCUGUUGAGAUUUGGGAGUGUAUUGGGGAGAUGAGCCGUGAUCCGUGAAGUUCUCACCUUCUAUUUGAGCAGAUUUUCUGAGUUUAUGCAUCAAUGAUAAUUCUAUUCUAGUAUGUACCUUUUGAUUGAGAUGCUGAACUCCUUUUCUUUAUUACAGUGAGAAGUUCAUAUUUUAGCUUUAGUCAUGAAUUUUAAAAUAAAGUUAACCGGCCUCGGGACGAUAAAAGUUUUGUAUUUUCUAUUAUACUUGAUGUUUAUUUUGGUUUUAGUUGUGUGUCUUUUUAACUGCAAUUAGUUUUAAUUCCUAUUCCGGGCAAGUUGCUUAGUUUUUAUUAGUGUCUGUUUAGGAUUUUGUUUUGUUCAGCUUUUCGUGUACAUGUGGAUCAAUCAAAUGAAAAAAAAAUAGUGUUGGAUAUCCCCCAUUUUUUUUUUGUUACUUUGCCUCGCGACUAACACUUUAAAAUGUACUUAAGAUGCAUAUUAAAACAUUUCAUAAAAGA